AUGGCGUCCAAUGAAGAUUACUCUGUGGGAUGGGCUUGCGCACUACCAACAGAAGUAGAGGCAGCCAAGGCGACACUUGAUCGCAUUCAUGAUAACCUACCUCCGGAUCAGUACUCAAAGGACAACAACUGCUACAUUCUGGGGAGUCUCCAAGGCCACAAUGUCGUUGUGGCAUAUCCGAAAUCCGGCGUUUACGGCGAGACGUCGGUUGCAGACGUAGUCGCGCAGAUGCACGCGACCUUCAAAUCUAUCCGGUACAGCCUCCUAGUCGGCAUUGCGGGAGGAGUACCAAACACGAAGGAGGAUGUUCGCCUUGGUGAUGUCGUCGUCAGCAAGUCAACGGCUGGUAGGCCGGGCGUUGUCCAACUCGACUUGGGCGAGAGGAGGCGAGCUGAAGAUCAGCUUGUUAGCGACAGGUCCUUGCUCCAACCAACACCAUUGCUUCUCACAGCCAUGGGAAAGACUGAAACAGCCACAAUUUUUGAAGAAAGCAAGAUAUCCCGGCUCAUUUCCGAGAUCAUGCAGAAAGAUCCCGAGGCCUUUGCCCAUCCAGGCCCUGAGCAAGACAUCCUCUUCGAGCCGGAUUAUGAUCAUGCAGUCAUUGAAACCAACGAAGACGGAUGCAACCAUUGCAAUCCGGACAGAAUUCUACCCCGGAGACCACGAGACACUCAGGACCCCGUAGUACAUUAUGGUCUCAUUGCUUCUGGUCGUCAAUUACCGCGUCAAGCGACAAAUCGAGACAGGUUGGCGCAAAAUCAAGGCGUUCUAUGUUUCGAUACCGAGACCAGUGGCCUAAAAGAUGCCGCGCGGUAUCUGGUCAUCCGCGGAAUCUGUGACUAUGCAGAUUCGAACCGUUCAAAUAUUUGGCACGCAUAUGCAGCGGUGGUUGCUGCAGCAUAUGCAAAAGAGGUCUUGUCGUUCAUACCCUCGGUUUCCAAGACGAUCUCGCAGCCAACAAACACCUAUCCCGAAGCAGUGCCGAUUCUCGAUGCUUUACUAUUGACUAGACCCGAAGUUGAUCGAAAGUCUCUUAUUGCAUUGAAGGGACACAGAGUUGACGGCACAUGUGAAUGGCUCAUACAGCAUCCCAGUUAUCGAAAAUGGCUAGAGGACCCCAAGCUUCCAGUCCUCUGGGUCUCAGGCGGUCCUGGAAAAGGGAAAACAAUGCUAGCAAUCUAUAUCACGGAAGCGCUACAGCCCGUGAUUGACACUGCUAACGACGUUCUUCUAUAUUACUUUUGUUCCAACCGUGAUAAGAACCGAAAUUCGGCAGUGACGAUAAUGAGAGGCAUCAUCCACCAAUGGAUCGACCUACAUCCGCAUUUGGCACAGGAGAUCAAAGGCGCUUUCGAGGGAACUGAAACAACUAAAUACACCGUUUCGAGCUUCGUCUCAUUGUGGAGAGUAUUCUUGACCAUGCUUCGGCAGAGUAGGUCUUCUCAGGUAGUCUGCGUCCUGGACGGUAUGGAUGAAUGCGAAAAAGAAUCGCUCAGACAGCUUCUCGAUGCCGUUGGAAAUCACCUGUCCAGCUCACAGGAAAGCGCAGGCCCGCGACUGAAGCUCAUUGUCCUCUCUCGACCGCAGCCAGCCGUGUUGGAGAACAAGCUGGGCCAAUACCAGCAGAUCAAGCUGGAUGACUCCAAAACCGAGACCUCGAAUGAUGUCGAGAGAUAUAUCUUGGCCAAAGUCGCGGAGCUGGCGACCGAGCAAGACCUUUCAGAGGAAAUGGUUGCGCGAGUUCGCCAGGCGUUGUUGGAAGGUGCUGAUGGUACCUUUUUGUGGGUAGGUUUUGUUGCCAAUGAGCUUCAAGGCAGGAGUUGGGGCAAAAUCAAUGAGGUUCUCCUUCGUGUUCCCAAAGGCCUGGGUGGAGUUUACCAGCGAAUCCUUCAGCAGAUUGACGACAAGGAGGCGCUGGUCCCUAUCCUUCAAUGGGUUGUGCUCGCGGCACGACCCCUUACAGUGGAAGAAUUGACAGUCGCAACGGGGAUCAAGCCGUCUGGUAAUAUUCCGGCGACAGAAGUGGUCAAGCGACGACUCAGACUCGGCGGGCUACUGGUAAAGAUUGAAGGAGACGUGGUGAACCUGGUCCAUGAGUCAGCAAAGGAGUUCUUUCAAAGCAACCAGGUCAACAUCAAAGGGAUCAACAUGUUUCACAUGACCCAGCACACUCACAGGGUCUUAAUGCAAACCUGUCUGUUACACCUUGAACAUGGAUAUGGCGCCUCUCGAGGGACCACGGAGAAUUCUGGCCCUGAUCCUUUAUUGUCUUAUGCCAGUCAAUACUGGCCUAUGCAUUUCCAGCACGCUAUAGGUGUGAUUGAUCAACAGUCCGAGUUCUCUCGCCCAUUCUUCGACGUGGAAUCUACCAUUCGCGAAGAAUGGUGGAAAGUUUAUUGGGAGCUGGAAAAGAAUGGGGGAAACCCGCCCUCAUUCACACUCCUGCAUCUCGCUGCGUACCUGGGCAAUAUAGAGUGGGCUAGGCUCUUGAUCAGCGAGCGUUCCCGGCUCAUUUCGCGCAAGGACAACUAUGGUCGGACGCCGCUUUCCUGGGCUGUCAACCAAGGCCACCGCGACAUGGUGGACUUGCUCCUUGACCAUGGUGCUCGACUCAACUUUAAGGAUCGAAGCACCCUGACGGCACUCCAUAUUGCCGUUACUGGACAACACAAGGACGUCGUGGCUGUGCUGCUCGAUCACGGUGCCCGUCUUGAGACCAAAACUGAGCAUAAUGACACGGCACUCAUUCGCGCCAUUCAGGCCAAUUCCAAGGAAAUCGUCCAGGUGCUGCUUGAACACGGAGCUCGUGUAGACGAACUACCCACUGCGCCGGGAGUUACCCUACGAGGACCUGCAGACCCAAUGGACGAGCGAGUGGAGGAGAUAUUGGGCCUUCAGGAACAAAUAUUCCUCGCGCGCUACAAGCAGGCGUCGCGCAAGGUCGAAAUGGUCAUGAAAGCCUUUAGCCUUUCCUUUCGCUUUCCCCUUAUUUUCCAGCUGGUGACGCUGUAUUUGAGGUCUGUGGCGUUGGGCCGUUGGGAGAACCUGUCUGUGCUCCAAGAGCUCGUGCGGGAAAACCGGACGGACGAGCUGCGACGAUGGACCGAGAGACAUCGCGAAUUCUUUGUCCAGGUCGUCCUAUCCAGGAACCGCGGGAGGUUAAGGGCCAUCUGCGAACUCCCGGAGCGGAUCUUGAGCGAGGUCGCCCCCAGCGAUCUUCAAGCACUGUUGGUCAUCUCCGUCAUGGUCGGUUCGGAAGCCAAACUUGUGGCUUGCCGCGAGGGGUGGAGAGAGGGGGAUGCCAUCACAUCAAAGACCUUUUCCAAUUUUACUGCCCUCGCCUACAACAGGGACGCGGAGGAGUUCUUGCACCAGGGCGUCCGCGAUUUCUUGAAUGGCUUCGACGUCAGUGUCCAAACAAGCAACCGGCAAGACAAUGCAGCACGUACAAUGGUGCUCUUGACGUCGCACAUUGCCAUGAUUGAGAAUCAGCAACCCAAGCCGAUUGAAUACUUUGCCAGGGUCAUUGCAGAGUUCUUCGAAGGGUACAUUGACAGCAGCUACGAGGUCGAGCUAUUCAAUGAUGCAAAUCAGGCAUGCGCCAAUGAGCUGAGCUUCAUCGGCAAGGAAAAGGACACCAAAAGGCUUCUUCUCUUGCUGACGAGCAUCGUUGAAAUCGCUCAGCGUUCCCAGGAGAAGGGGCAGGACCGUUUCCUCAACAUACCCUCAGUAUCCUGUCUUCUUCUCUGCCAAGAGGAUCCCGCCGCUCACCAAUGGCUCAUCGGUGAGGGCAUUCCAGCGACCAUGAGUGCCUUGAUAGCAAAGCAAGACCCAGGACCGCUUCAGAAGCGUGCGUGCAAAACCUUUGUGGAGUGCCUAAUUAUUGGAAAGCAAUAUGGCUUGUUACUGUCCACGGGGGCACUCAAGUCUAAAGUCAAACAAAACCUGCACGCCUUGCCAGAAGUUGAAAACAUGAUGAAUCGUAUUAUUGGUUAA